AUGUUUAUUGCACGGUCAGAAUACGAUCGCGGUAUCAACACCUUCUCCCCAGAAGGACGUCUUUUCCAGGUCGAAUACUCCCUUGAAGCAAUCAAGCUUGGCUCUACCGCUAUCGGGGUAGCCACUGGGUAUGGUGUAAUAAUCGGUGUAGAGAAGCGAGUAACAUCGCCGCUGCUCGAGGCCUCGUCCGUCGAGAAGAUUGUCGAGAUCGACCGACACAUCGGCUGCGCCAUGUCCGGGCUACAAGCCGACGCCCGAUCCAUGAUCGAGCAUGCCCGUGUCGAGUCACAGAACCACUUUUUCCACUACAACGAGCCCCUACGUGUCGAGAGCUGUACGCAGGCCAUCUGUGACCUGGCGCUCAGGUUUGGAGAGGGCGCGGACGGCGAGGAGAGUAUCAUGUCAAGACCCUUCGGUGUUGCGUUGUUGAUCGCGGGAUACGAUGAAGAUGGCCCACAGCUGUAUCACGCCGAGCCGUCAGGUACCUUUUAUAGGUAUGACGCAAAGGCCAUUGGAUCGGGUAGCGAGGGUGCCCAAGCUGAGCUUCAGAACGAAUACCACAAGUCAUUGACACUUGAGGAAGCCGAGACAAUGGUUCUCAAGACCCUGAAGCAGGUAAUGGAGGAGAAGCUCGACUCCAAGAAUGUCCAGCUGGCCUCCGUCACCAAGGAGAAGGGUUUCAGAAUCUACACGGACGACGAAAUGGCCGAGGUUGUGCUGAGAUUGGGAAAUGCUUAG